GGAUUGUUAGCCUUUGCAUAUAACAAAAGACUUGCUAGAGAAAAUACCAAACGUUAAACUUGUUGCUGGUAUUGGUGCUGGUUAUGAUGGCUUGGAUUUAGAUCUCCUACGAUCGCAUGGAAUAAAACUGUCAAACGGUGUGGGUGUUUCUGAUGCUGCAGUAGCCGACUUUGGAAUGCUGAUGCUCAUGGCUGCUGCAAGAAACUUAUACCAAGAUAUAAGUAUGGGUAUGAGUCCAACCACAACCAGCUUCCCACAUGAUUCAAGAUACCGUGAUAUAAGUGAAAGUGUGCUUGGUAUUGUGGGUAUGGGUCGCAUUGGUUACAAAAUAGCAGAGCGAGCAAAGGCUUUUGAUAUGGACAUUCUUUAUCAUAACAGAAACCAGAGGUCUAGCAUUGUAGAGGAAGCUGUUGGUGCUCAGUAUUAUAAGACGUUAAACCAAAUGCUUCCGCUCUGCGACCAUGUAAUAAUAACAGUUCCACUGAACUCAGGAACUUACAGAAUGAUUGGUGCAAAGCAGUUCAGAUUGAUGAAGCCUACCUGUGUGUUUGUCAACAUAGCAAGAGGUGGCAUUGUUGACCAUGAUGCACUGACUGAGGCUUUGGAAACAAAAAAGAUUUAUUACGCUGCUUUAGAUGUAACUGACCCUGAGCCACUGCCUCGAAACCACCCUUUGCUUCAGCUUAACAACUGCAUUAUAACUCCUCAUAAUGCAUCUGCUACAUUUCGUGUUCGUUCUAAAAUGCUACAGAAAGCAAUAGACAACAUCCUUGCUGCUAUCAAUGAUGAACCCUUGCCUUCUGGCGUAGAGUUUUAAAAUGUUAAUUACACAAUGCAUAAUCCUUACAGUUUGCAAUGCUAUGUAUGCCAUCUAAUUUUCCAAAAUCUAUGCAUAUUGUUGUAUUACUAUACUUGCAAUUUACAACAAUGCUUCCAGCAUGUAUUAAAACAAUAGUAUAGUUAUUAGCUUUUUCUGUUGAACAAAUGUAAAGUAUAUUGCAACUAAAAAAUACACAAAAAGAAUGAGCUUUCAACCCCCCUGCUUAAGAGCAUUUUAAUUUGUUUGAGUAUCUCAUUGUAAACAGUCGUUAAAAGUUACCACUUUUAUGCAAUAUAUAAUAUAACUGAUCAAUGCACCUCAAACACUUUAGUUUUACAUCUAUGCUGUGCUUUGUAGUGGCUGUGCUUUGUAGCUAAUUUAUCAUUUAUUCGCUUUCAUGCUUUUAUUUUCAUUAGUGCGUCAAAUGUGCAAUAAAAUGUAGUUCUUGCGGAGGCUUUAACACA